UCUCGGGUUCUUUUUUUUCCUCUCUCUACCUCUCUCUCUCCUGCUUUUUGCAAGCACGUGGUCAUCGACCGGCUCUUUUGCAGCGGGUUCCAGCGGAGGCUUUUGCCCGGAGCAGAGAGAGGGCGACCUCGAGGAACGUGCGAGCUCCCCGGCGGAGCGCUUCGCAGGAGAUGCCAGCCCCGAGCUUCCUCCUGGCCGGGGCCACCCUGCUCAUCCUCCUCUUCGAGGCACGGACAGUAAUUUCGGCUCCCUUUAAUGGCUCCAAAUGGACUUAUGGGGGUCCCGAUGGAGAAAAAGCUUGGUCAAGGUCCUACCCCUUCUGUGGGGGACAGUUACAGUCUCCGAUCGACUUUCACAGUGAUAUCCUCAAGUACGAUUCCAGCCUCGCAACCUUAGAACUGGGAGGUUACAAUGCAUCCCACCCCGGAAUUUUCAACUUGACUAACAACGGACAUUCGGUCAAACUGAGCCUUCCCACCCACCUGUACAUCCGCGGGCUCCCGGCCCGGUUCAGCGCGGCCGAGCUGCACAUGCACUGGGGGAACCCGAACGACCCGCGUGGCUCCGAACACACCAUUGCCGGCAAACACUUUGCAGCUGAACUACACAUUGUACAUUACAAUUCGGACCGUUACCCGGAUGCAGCGACGGCAUUCGACAAACCAGAUGGGCUGGCUGUUUUGGCCGUUCUUAUUGAGGUCGGCCCUUUCAAUCCAUCAUAUGAUAAGAUCUUCAGUCAAUUUCAGAACAUUAAGUACAAAGACCAGAAAGUCUCCAUCCAGGGUUUUGAUAUCCAAGAACUCCUCCCUGACCGGCUGGAUGAGUAUUACCGCUACAAUGGCUCCCUGACCACCCCUCCCUGUUAUCCCAGCGUUCUCUGGACUGUCUUUCGAAACCCCAUCAGGAUUUCCCAGGACCAGCUGCUGGCCCUGGAGACAGCUCUCUACUGCACGCUCAUGGAUGACCCUUCCCCCUUGGAAAUGGUUAACAACUACCGGCACAUCCAAGAGCUUAAAGAGAGAUUUGUGUAUGUCUCCUUCCACCAAGACCAAGACCUUGUAGCCGCAGGACUGAGUAUGGGUAUUAUUCUCUCGGUGGCGUUAGCCUGCGUGCUGGGGGUGUGCCUCGUCCUUGCCGUGUCACUUUGGCUGUUCAGGAGGAGGAAGCAGACCAAAAAAGGAGAGGACAACAAGGGAGUGAUUUACAAGCCAGCUGUCAAGGAAGAUGCCGACUCCUCCAACGCCUGAGCCCUUUCCCGGCCCGAGCCCGCUUUCUGGCCGGCGGAGCAAGAGAAGAAAUUUGCCUUGGACUGUACAUGUCUCUUGCCUCGACUUGCAGGCGUUUCCCCCACCACAGAACAGCGAGCGUUUCCUCAGCUCUUGUCCUUCCUAGCUCAAGCACGACAUCUCCCAGGGGCGAAGUGUCAACGCCUCAGCUCUUUCUUUUGCUGUGUCCAACAGGAAAGCAUCUGGGUCUGGAAGUUCUGGGUAGGACUCUUACGGGGCCUAGUCGCUUUCUGACACCCCCAAACCAGGAGAGGCUUCCCCACCCCGAUCCAGUGGCACAAGACGGCACGAUUCUCGACAGGGAUAUUUCACCAGAGGCCUCAGCGCCAUGCCAUGUUCUUGCCACGUGCUUCUUUCCAGAAAGACUCAGGUUCACGCUUCCCUACUGCUGCUAAAACCUUCUCCCACCUCUACUAGGAUGCCAUGCUAUGUUAGGGCCAGGAUACAGGCAGCAAAAGACAGGUCAAACAACCACAAAGAUAACAUUUUCAGUGCUGGGCCAUGACUGUGCUCAUCCUGGGAACAACCGGAAGGAUUCAGCAAUGGUGUGCCGAUUAAAGAAUUGUCUAUUAGGAAACCCUGCCUGCGCACUUCCCGCCUGUGUCAUCGGAAGCUUCUUCAAAAAGCUAGUUUUCCAACCUAUCAUCACCAACUUCUAGCCGUGGUUUCUGAAGAAAUCUUGGCCUUCCUAGUUAGGUGUGAGUAUCACCUGCUCCCCGCUCCUGACUCUGGCAGUGACCACCCUACUAUCACAGCUUUAGUGGUUUCUCUGGACAGUAUCUGGGGGAAAAGGAAACCAGGAAAGACAACUAGAAGACCCAAGUUGAUAGCCCUUGAGGCCAUUCCUCUGGAAUGUGAUUUCCUGCUGCCUCAUGCUGAUUCAUGGAACUCCUCCCCAUUCCGUUGGGACAGGGUGUGGAGGAAAAGAUGACUGGGGCAGUGAGAGAUGGGAGAGAGGGGGUUUGAGAUCUCAGAAUGGAGAGAAUGGUUUCCUCCUGCUCCUCAUCAUCUUGGAGAAGUGAGUGUGUGAAUUUCAAGUCGCCAGUCACCUCGGCAGGCACUCAAACACCUGCCUCUGAUCCUGGAGAGAGUCCAGAAGGGAGCAAACCUGCACUCCUCUGUGGGAACAAGAGCAUUUAAAGGAGGCUGGCAGUGUGGGCUGAGUUUCUUUGGGCCUGGAAUCCUUUCCCUGCCUUCCGUGAAAGAGCAUUUCCACUCAAGAAGCCUGAAUACAGACAUUGGAGGGGUUGGUCCAUUUUUCCCUCUCAAAGAUAAUGGUAGCACAUGAAGCAGGAAGUCUUCCCCAGAAUUCACUCAUCUAACCCUCCUGUAACAGUCUGUCCAUCACCAUGGAGGAAGGAUGUCCUUUGCCCCGGCAACACAAGGAACCCAUGGGAUGUCAGGAGCAAAGGGGACAUAUUGCAUCGCAGGACCAGAAGGGACAUGGUCUGGGAAGGACGAUUCCAUCUCAGCCUCCAAAAUUGCUCUAGGACUUCUGGCCCAGUUUCAUCAGAGACAAUAAACUGAAACCGCUUGGUGCCUUCAGCCUCACAUCAGCAACUCUGGGAUUUCUCUCCGGACUCAUCCUUUCACCUCAAUCACAUGCUGUCCUGGUGCCUCUGAGUCUGUCAGAAUUUACCCCUGUGGUGAUUCACCUCAGCACCGCCGAUUCACCCGAAGUUUCCAGGGUAGCUUUGGUUCCUCUGACUUCCCCUUUCUUCACUAUGGGAGUCUAGAAUCUCCGUAUUUCUUGGCUAACAACUGGAAUGGAAGCGUUCAUUGUAAAUGCAGGAGAUUCACAUUAAAUUAUGGAAUCUGGA